CGCGCUGGGCCCCGCCGGAACGGAGCGAGGGAGCGCUGGAGGCGGCCGUGCCUGGCUCUCCGUGCCCGCCGGAGCCCCGCGCUGUCCGGGAGUUGCUGCUGUUGUUUUAAGGACAUUGAUGUGAACAUCAUAGUGAUAGUUCACCUUGAUCAUCACCAGAACAAACUCCACAAGAGAUGGAGGACAUGGAGCCGUGGUACUCUCACAAGGUGUACGCCAGGUACUGGAGGCACUAUGACUCAGCCAUGCGCUGGAUGCACAGGCACCAGAAAGCCUACAGGAGAGCCAUGGAGUCCUUGUACUGCCUGCCAUGGCAUCCCUGGCACCCUGCUGCAGCCUCUCCAGGCAGCCACUACUCAGACUGGCAUGGGAAUGACCUCCCACAUAUCCAACACUAUUCUUCCAGCUACAGACCAGAUGUCAGAGCUCCGUGUCACGGGGGAGCUCAGCAGUACGCAGGUGCCUACCAGGAGAGGGAGGAUGCUGAUGAGGACUCCGAAAUGGAAGAGGAGGCUGAAAUGGACUCUGAAAUGGAGGAAGACUCUGAGUCUGAAGGAGAGAUAGAGUAUGACUUGAGUAACAUGGAGAUCACAGAGGAGCUUCGUCAGUUUUUUGCAGAGACAGAGAGGCACCGAGAAGAGCUGCGGAGGCAGCAGCAGCUGGAAGCUGAGGACCCCUACGUGGAGGCUGAUCAGGACCUGCACUGGAGAGUGGAGCGGUCAGUGGAGCCGCCCACAGAACGGCCUGGGGAGAGGCGCAUGGCAGAAAUGAAGAAGCUGUAUGGGGCUGAAGCUGCCAAAAUCCAGGCAAUGGAGGCUGCCAUGCAGCUCAUCUUUGAUAGGAACUGUGACAAAAAGCAGCCCAAAUACUGGCCCAUUAUUCCCCUUAAGCUCCCUCUUGGCCAGCUGGCAUCCCGUUUUUUCCUUUUCCAGCAGGCAUUGGUUCAGUUUGGCGUGAUCCUUCAGAGUGGGAGCAGCAGCCUAUUUAGAGCUUCAAACACAUAAAGACUGACUGGCUGGAACCCCAGAGAACAACCUAGCAAGAGGCUGAUGAGGGCACUCAGCCAGACCAUCU